AUGCGAUCUGCGGAUAUAUUCUCUUCGGUGCUCGGUGUACUCGCUGUCGCUGUCAACGUGUCCGCACAAUGCGAUCGAGCAUCAUUGAAGACCCUCGCAGAUAGUUAUAUCGCCGCUCAGACGGCCGGCAAGUCUUCUUCGAUCAGCAGCCUGUCUUCCACGGUAGCAUACACCGAGAAUUAUAAGACUGCGUCUAUCUCGGCCGGUAUCCUAGCAACACCGUUGAAGAUCGACCACAACCGCAGCACAUUCGACACGACAGCGUGUGCAUCGUAUACGGAGCUCAUUGUCGCGACUGGAUCGCACCCAUAUGUUAUUGGAACCCAGAUUCACGCACCCAAUGGAUCAAUUACUGCUGUUGACACGCUUGUGACAGACAAGGGCGACUGGCUAUUCAACGCCACGGGGACAUUGUACUGGGCCUCGCGCGAAGACUGGGGCCCUAUCGAUGCUUCGAAGCGCGACAGUCGCCAGGUCAUUCAAGCUGCUGCCGACGCCUAUCUUGAUUAUUUCAAAGACAAGAGUGUGAAGGUGCCGUGGGGUACGCCGUGUGCGCGUCUUGAAGGUGGAAGCUAUACUGGAAAGGGUGCUGCGACCGAUAGUUGUAACGUAGGGGUACCGAACAACAUCAACCUCACGAAACGGCGGUAUGUUAUCGACGAGGAGCUCGGGGCAGUAGAUGUGUUCUUGAGCUUCGAAGACCUCCCGGACAGUCAUGAGUUUCGGGUCGAAGGAGGUAAGCUUCGUUUUGUGCACACGUUAACGGUCAUGGGAUGA